AUGACAGAUCAAAAUGCCGUCCUUGCUCAAAUCCUAGUCGCUCUCCAGACAUUAGAGACUAAUCAAAGCGCAUUGGCUGCAACAGUAGAAGGCAUUCAAAGUCGGAUAGAGACUUCCUCAACUGUCAACCAACUCAAAACACAGCAACUCCCACGCCCUACCGACUCACCAUCAGUGGAUCCCAAAGAUCUUCGACAGGAGACUAAUGGCCACAUCCUAUCCUCAUCACCGCCACCUCGGUCCAGCAUUGAUAGCCAGCGCCCCUCGAUCUCAUUAGGCGAACCUGUCAAGUCGUUACCAACUCAGCGACGUUCAUCUAUCACAUCCCGUAUUAUCUUGACAACCUAUCCAGGCCAGUCCGGCAUCGACCCCGUACCCCUAAACUGGGGCGAAGCUGAUCCACAGAAGCGUGGGCCUGUUGUUGUCUCUCGACACAGCAAAACGAUUCGAAAACGGAAUGCUAUCGGCGCUCACGGUGGAUCAUAUUCAAUCUACAAUGCCCUUGCCGUAGCAGCUCAUCAUCUCGACCUCGAGCAUAAACCUGACUUCACCAACACAGAACCAGCUGUGAUCAUUGGUCCAUUUCCUGCAUGGAGCGACAAGCGCAAAAUUGUCGCGAUGGAUCCACUCGGCCAUCUGGCGCCCUGGCUUUACAGAGAUCUGAUGCAGCCGCCGAACGAUCUAGAUAUCCGACCCACCAUUGCAGUAACAAAGGCACACAUGAAAAUUCCAGAACUGGAAGAUAGUGUGCGAAAAGGUCGACUUGUACCAGAUGGGAAAAUCUGUUUGAACAGCGCAGGUGAACUUGCGGUGACUAAGUUCGCAGUCGAGCCCGUAUGGUAUCUGCCCGGUGUGGCUGAGCGCUUUGGUAUUUCUGAGGCGGACCUGCGCAGAGCACUGUUUGAGCAUACCGGCGGAUCAUAUCCGGAACUAAUCACGAGGAACGAUAUCAAGGUCUUCUUACCUCCAAUUGGUGGACUGACAGUGUAUUGCUUUGGUGAUCCGAAAGCGAUGUCGGAUCCGAAUGUCAAGCUUGCCUUGCGAGUGCACGAUGAAUGCAACGGCAGUGAUGUCUUUGGUAGCGAUAUCUGUACCUGUCGGCCUUACCUGAUUUUCGGCAUCGAAGAGGCGGUCAAGAUGGCGCAACAAGGCGGCAGCGGAGUCGUGAUUUACUUCCGGAAGGAAGGAAGAGCGCUAGUCUACAAUGCGCGGAAGCGUGGUCUUGACAGGGCUAGCGAGUACUUCAAGCGCACGGAGAACAUUGCAGGUGUGAAGGACAUGCGAUUCCAGGCAUUAAUGCCAGACAUCUUGCACUGGCUUGGUAUCACCAAAAUUGACAGAAUGCUGAGUAUGAGCAAUAUGAAGCAUGAUGCGAUUGUGGAGCAGGGCAUACCGAUCCAUGAAAGAGUAGAGAUACCAGAGGAUCUGGUGCCUGAGGAUAGCAGGGUGGAAAUUGAUGCCAAGAUUCAUGCAGGCUAUUUCACGACCGGAAAGGUCAUGACGGUAGAGGAGUUGAAUGCCGUCAAGGGCCGGGCGUGGGAGGACAUAGAGCAUUAG